CAGACUCGAAAAAAAAAAAAAAGAAUCAUGGAAAAAAUGAACUCCUCGCCUCAAGAAUGAGCCCCAUUGAGUUACCCCCUUGAUUUCCCGAUGAAUCCUCCCCAACUUUUCAGCCGAAUGGAGGUCUGUUCGAAGAAAUAUAUAAGAGGGCAAUCGCAUGACUAUCCAAACACGACGAAAGGCAACCCAGAUAAAACCCCCUCUCCAGCACUGCCCUGCACCAACCAUUGUUACCCACAAGCCGGUCAAAGCUUGUGUUCGGGUACAGAGACAACACUGGGAGGGGAAUAGGGCGUAUAAGCCGCUAUCGAAUUGCUUCUAUGGCGGCGCGUUUCCGCAUUGCCUGACUGGGCCCUGCAAGAGGACGUUUAAACAGUCAGGAUGUCCGGGGACUUUCUCCCAAAGCUGGAGGAAGAGAGAAUCAUAAAGAUAUCUCUCUGUGUGUGAGCUUUGAAUGCGAUUCUUUGAG